AAAUAAUGAAAAUGCAUUUUUUUUUAAUUUUAUAUUAUGAUUUUUUCCACUUUAGAGCAUAUUUUAACUCAUAUUUCCUUUUCAACGGUUUCCGUUGUAAUUAUACUCCAUUUGAUCACUUUAUUAGUCAAUGAAAAAGUAGGACUAUAUAAUUCAUUCGAAAACGGCAUGAUAGUUACUUUUUUCUGUCUAACAGGAUUAUUAAUUACUCGUUGGGUUUAUUGGAAACAUUUACCAUUAAGUGAUCUAUAUGAAUCAUUAAUCUUCCUUUCCUGGAGUUUCUACCUUAGUCAUUUGAUUCCAUAUUUUUUUAAAAAAGAUAAAAAUUCGUUAAGUGCAAUAACUGCGCCAAGUGCUAUUUUGACUCAAGGAUUUGCUACUUCGGGCUUUUUAACAGAAAUGCAUCAAUCCGCAAUAUUAGUACCCGCUCUCCAAUCUCAAUGGUUAAUGAUGCAUGUAAGUAUGAUGGUAUUAGGUUAUGCAGCUCUUUUAUGUGGAUCAUUAUUAUCAGUAACACUUCUAACGAUUACAUUUCAAAAAUAUAUUUUUGAUAAACGAAAAUAUGUAUUAAAUAAGUCAUUUUUCUUCGCUGAGAUUCAAUACAUGAAUGAAAAAACCAAUAGUGUCCAAGACACUUCGUCCUUUUAUGUUCGAAAUUAUUACAGAUCCCAAUUGAUUGAACAGCUGGAUCAUUGGAGUUAUCGUGUUAUUAGUCUAGGCUUUAUCUUUUUAACUAUGGGUAUUCGUUCAGGAGCAGUAUGGGCCAAUGAGGCGUGGGGAUCGCAUUGGAAUUGGGACCCCAAAGAAACUUGGGCAUUUAUCACUUGGACCGUAUUUGCAAUUUAUUUACAUAUCCGAACAAAUAGAAAUUUUCGGAGUGCAAGUUCUGCAAUUCUGGCGUUUAUAGGUUUUCUUAUAAUUUGGAUAUGCUAUUUUGGGGUCAAUCUAUUAGGAAUAGGGCUACAUAGUUAUGGUUCAUUUCCAUUAACGCUUAAUUAAAUGGAAGAAAAGACCUUACAAAUACAAAUA